CCCCUCCGCGGCCCCCAUGCACGGCCCCACGGCCGGCGACGGGCUGAACGACAGCUGCCUCUGGUCCUCGCCCCACUGCAACUGGACCUCAGCGUGGCCGCCGGGGGGGCAGGGCGCGGCCCCCCGGCUGCCCGUCUUCUCCACCGCCGCCCAGAUCCGCGUCGUCGUCACCUUCAUCCUGUGCGGCACGUCCGCCUUCUGCAACGUGGCGGUGCUGUGGGCGGCCAACGCCGGCAGCAAGCGGAAGUCCCACGUGCGCGUGCUCAUCGUCAACCUGACGGUGGCCGACCUGCUGGUGACCUUCAUCGUGAUGCCGGUGGACGCCGCGUGGAACAUCACCGUGCAGUGGCUGGCGGGCGACGCCGCGUGCCGCCUCCUCAUGUUCCUCAAGCUGCAGGCCAUGUACUCCUGCGCCUUCGUCACCAUGGUGAUCAGCCUGGACCGCCAGUCGGCCAUCUUGAACCCGCUGGCCAUCAACGAGGCGAGGCGGAGGAACCGCGGGAUGCUGACCGUGGCGUGGGCCAUGAGCGCCCUGCUGUCCGUUCCUCAGGUGGGGGUCAAGGGGAGACAAAAGGUUUGA